GCUCGAAGAGCUCGAUACCUCCGACGCCUCGCACGCAAUUGCGGGAAAUACGGAGUUAGACAACCACGUUGGCAACUACGUUAGACAACCCUGUGUCCCGAUCAGUACCGCUUGGGUAUACCUCAGCAUGGGUCUAGCCGCUUCUUAGCAUCCUUUACAACUUUUUUUUCGUUUUGCCAACAGCGCUCCCGCAUGCGCCCACCCAUAUCGUUCUCCAACCUCGGCCAGCACACGACUGCAAGCAAAGCACCCCUCAGAAGUCAUGUUCUCUCUAGGCCGAGCGGAGGUUCGGCCCUCCGGCCUCGUGGAAAGACCCGUGGUCCUGUAUGUGAAUCGUGCAGCCUGUACACCUGGGCUACCGAGCUGGCCAGCAUUACGCUGCAGCGAAAACGACGACGCUUGGCCACGGUGAGGGUUCCGACUCCGCCGCAGUGGCGGGCAAUAGAAUCUGAAGGGAAUGGUCGGCGGCACUUCUCCGACCUUUCCACUGUCACAACCGCAGAGAUUACGAAACGGCUGGAACCAUUAGCUGAGGCGCUGGGAACGGAGAAAAGAGACGAGCCCGCCACACAGGACCAAAUAUGGAGCACCUUUGUCGCCGCCUGCGAAGAUCCGACCGUACGUAGUCUGAUCCCACGCAGACACGUCCUCGCCGUCAUCCAGAUGAUCCUCCGCUACUCGGACACGAUCCCGGACGCCGCCGAGAAAGUCGAUUUUCUGAAGACCCAGGCCGAGCUUGCACGGUGGCCGAGGCUGGAGGUGUAUAUCAUGAAUGCGCAGAUUCCGAGUCGACGGCAGGCUUUCACGUUGGAGAAGGGUUUGGAGUUUUUGCAGGAGAUGCGGAAUGCGGGGUUGGAACCAAUUCGGGAUACUUAUGUGUUGUUGAUGGAUGCGAGAGGGAGUUUGGGGGACGGGGAGGGGGCUGAGAGCUAUCUGCCGUAUGUAGAGAAAGCAGGGCUGAAGCUGGAUGCUGCGAUAUUCCAGCCGAUUUUGUUAGGGUACGCACGAGGGGCUCAGGCACGGAAAGCACUGUCUGUGCUGAGGUCUAUGGAAAGCCAGGGGACUGACCCGAGCGUCGAGAACUACACGACCGUGAUGUCGGCGUUCGCAGGGGCUGGGGAUUUGGCCACGACAGGGGACUUGUAUGCUCAGCUAGUCGAAAGAAACAUCUCUCCGACCGUGACGACCAUGAACGUGCUGUUGAAACUGCACUGUGAGCUCAAGCAGCUCGAGCCGGCCGUCAAGAUCUUCCAGCAGAUCUACGAGCAAGGCCUGGAGCCCGGGGUCGAUUCGUUCAACCACAUGUUGAGGUGUUUCGUCCGGUGUUCACGCAUCGACGACGCCAUGGCGUUCCACAGGGAGAUGGAGGAGCUAGGCAUCAAAUCAGACAAGUUCACGUACGCGAUCCUUAUUCACGGCUGUGCGAAAGCCGGGAUGAUGAUCAAUGCGAUGAAGUAUUACCGUGCGCUGCGAAGAUCGGGGAUCGAGGUCAACCAGUACCAUUUCACGAUCUUGCAGGCGGCGUUUGCUUGGGCGAAGGAUAUGGAGACAUGCUUGGAGGUUAUGAGAGAUAUGAUGGGCACGUUUCCGCCGACGACGCGGAACUACAACAUCAAUCUCGGUGGAUGGGUCCGUUUGCGCAACGUGGAGAAGGCGGAGAUGGAGGUGCAGCGUAUGACGCUGGCUGGUUGUGAGCCGAAUGCGGUCACGUAUCGUCGCUUGAUUCGUUUGUACUGUCAGGAGGGCAUGCUGGAGCAGGCCUUGGAAUGCUUCACGCAGCUGAGCACAUUUGAGAAUGGUCCCACGGUGGGUGUGCAUGUGCAUCUCAUCACUCUGUGCUGGGCCAAGCACCAGAUGGAAGUGGGUCAGCGACUUCUGCACGAUAUGCGGGAGACCUACAAACAGCAACCACCGUACGCUAUCCUCGAGAAACUGGCAGUGUAUUACCUCAAACAGGGCGACCUAGACGCCGGCAUCACCAUCGUCGAACGGCUCCGGCAGGACGGAUACACGCCGCGCGCAUACCUGUACAACCAACUCAUCCGCGCCGCAGUCCUCCACUCCAACCCUCAGUUAGCAGCACAGUUCUACGACCAGAUGCAGGUCGACAAAGUCCGCGUAUCGUCCUAUACGUACAAUCAGCUCCUACUAGCCUCGGAACACGCCCCGUCGACCAUCGACAAGAUCUUGCACCAGAUGUCAGCGUCGGAGCUGGCGUUUGAUCACCAUACGUACAAUGUCUUGAUUUACAUCAAGUCACGCAACCGCAAUUUUCAGGCCGCGUGGAAACUGUGGGAAGAGUAUUUGGCGGUCAUUGCUGAGGCACGUGCCAACAAACACGGUGGUGGUAGUAUUAGUCCUGGGAUGGACCGAAAAGAGGAGGUCAAGAUCCACCCAGCUGUAGCGCACACGAUACUCCGGUCGUGCGCGGUGCAUCGGCGGUGGAAGGAGUGGAUGGAGGUCAGGCGUAUUGUGGACAAGGAGGGCGUGAAGGUUUCCGGAAAUGACGAGGAGCUUCUUCGGGAAUUUACCCACAAGUGGUCCGAGAAGGAGCGGGAACGGUUUAUCAUGAAUAUGCAAAUAUUCCCUAAAGGCCAGGGUGUAAAUGAUCCACAGUAGGGAGAAUGCCGCGGGAGAUUGGAGGUGUGUGGAGGAAAUAUACAUAGAUGGUGACUACCACUAUACAUACGUAAAGUGCAUACUAGCUGAAACA